UCCAGGCGUGUUUGAAAACGCGGCUCCAAAAACACAAACAUGGUCCGCAAGAAGAUCGACAACCGAAUUCGCGUUCUCAUUGAGAAUGGCGUUAAACUGGGACACCGUACGUUCUUCGUCAUCGUCGGCGACAAAGGCAGGGACCAAGUGGUUAUCUUGCACCACAUGCUCUCAAAAGCCGAAGUAAAAGCACGACCGUCUGUGUUAUGGUGCUACAAAAAAGAAUUAGGUUUCAGCAGUCACAGGAAAAAGAGAAUGAAGCAUUUACAACACAAGUUACAAGCUGGCAAACUCAGUAUUAAUGAGGAUGAUCCUUUUGAAUUGUUCCUUUCAUCCACUAAAAUACGUUAUUGUUAUUAUUCAGAAACUCAUAAAAUAUUGGGUAACACUUAUGGCAUGUGUGUUUUACAAGAUUUUGAAGCAAUCACUCCUAAUUUACUGGCAAGGACUAUUGAAACAGUUGAAGGAGGAGGGUUAGUUGUGCUUUUACUAAGAUCUGUCAACUCUUUAAAACAGUUAUACACAAUGAGCAUGGAUGUGCAUCAAAGAUUCAGAACUGAAGCACAUCAAGAUGUGGUUUGCAGAUUCAAUGAAAGGUUUCUGUUAAGUUUGGCAAAUUGUAAAAGGUGUUUGGUUGUGGAUGAUCAACUUCAAGUUUUGCCUAUUUCCUCUCACAACUUGCAUGUCAACCCUGUUGAAGCCAAUCAAGAACCUUCAGAAAAUGAUAAUGAAUUAACAGACCUUAAAUCACAGUUGAGGGACACACAACCUGUUGGCAAUUUAGUGAACUGUUGCAAAACUUUAGAUCAGGCAAAAGCGUUAUUGAAAUUUAUUGAAGCUAUAUCAGAGAAAACAUUAAGAUCCACUGUGUCAUUAACAGCUUCAAGAGGUAGAGGCAAAUCAGCAGCAAUGGGUCUAUCAGUGGCUGCAGCUGUUGCUUUUGGAUAUUCGAAUAUUUUUGUCACAAGUCCUAGUCCUGAGAACUUAAACACGUUUUUCGAAUUUGUUUUUAAAGGUUUUGAUGCUUUGGAGUAUCAGGAGCACAUUGAUUACAGUCUGGUGCAAAGUACCAAUCCUGAGUUCAACAAGGCCAUUGUCAGGGUGAAUAUAUUCAGGGAACACAGGCAAACGAUACAGUACAUUCAUCCAACAGACAGUCAUAGAUUGACACAAGCAGAGUUAUUGAUAAUUGAUGAAGCUGCAGCUAUUCCAUUACCGUACGUUAAAUCAAUGUUAGGUCCGUAUUUGGUGUUCUUGGCGUCUACUAUUAAUGGUUAUGAAGGUACUGGCAGAUCUUUGUCACUGAAGCUUUUGCAACAACUUCGUGUACAAGCUGCACCAGUUGGUGCUAACACUAAUGCAAGUAAAAAAGAUACAUCAGCUGCGACUGGACGAUCUCUACAUGAGGUGACACUUAAUGAGUCAAUUCGUUACAAACCUGAAGAUGAUGUGGAAUUGUGGUUGACCAAACUCCUUUGCCUGGAUUCUACCUCUGUCGCACCAAUUUUAUCCGGUUGCCCACCGCCUGAAAGCUGCGAUUUGUACUACAUCAACAGAGACACAUUAUUCUGUUACCAUAAAGCUUCAGAAGAGUUUUUACAGCGAUUAGUCGCUUUGUACGUCGCUUCUCAUUACAAGAACACUCCAAAUGAUCUUCAAAUGAUGUCGGAUGCGCCAGCUCACCACCUGUUCUGCCUCUUAGGACCUGUAGAUCCAAACAGGAAAAGCCUUCCAGAAGUUCUUGUUAUAAUUCAAGUGUGUUUGGAAGGUGAGAUUUCCAAGAACACGGUCAUCGAAGGCUUUUCCAGGGGUAAAAGGGCGUCGGGAGAUUUAAUUCCUUGGACCGUCGGACAACAGUACCAAGAUCCUGAUUUCCCAAAAUUGGCGGGAGCCAGAAUAGUCCGAAUUGCCACACAUCCGGACUACCAGGGCAUGGGGUAUGGGGCGAGAGCUCUUCACAUUCUCCAGCAAUACUACGAAUUUAAAAUACCGAGUAUCGACGAUGACGCCCCUCCACAAGACGAAAUAGAAAACGUGAAUGACGAAGAAGUCGAUUUACUGGAAGAAAGCAUUGAACCACGGAAGAAACUUCCACCACUGUUGUUAAAAUUAAGCGAAAGACGGCCCGAAAAACUCGAUUAUUUAGGUGUGUCGUUCGGAUUGACGGAGCCGUUGUUGAAGUUUUGGAAAAAGUCUGGCUAUGUUCCAGUUUAUCUGAGACAGACAACUAAUGAUUUGACAGGAGAACAUUCUUGCAUUAUGAUUAAUGUUUUGAAUUCAGAGGAUAGAAAUUUAGAGAGUGAUUGGUUAUCUGAAUAUUGGGUCGAUUUCCGCAGGAGAUUUAUUAAUUUGCUGGGUUAUCAAUUCCAAAAGUUUUCACCGGGACUUUCACUAGGUGUUUUGACUAACAAAGCAAGAAAAACAACCCCUAGAAAUUUAACAAGAUUGGAAUUGGAUGUUUAUGUCACAAAAUACGACAUUAAACGUUUGGAAAUGUACAGUAACAAUCUGGUGGAUUAUCAUUUAAUCAUAGAUUUAAUGCCAGCCCUGUCUAAAAUCUACUUCCAAAACGAAAUGGGUGAUGUUACCAUGUCAGCUGUCCAAUCUGCCAUUCUUUUGGGCAUUGGCCUCCAACAUAAAACUGUCGAUAGUCUUGCGACAGAGUUGGAUCUGCCUUCCUCACAAUUAUUAGGUCUGUUUAAUAGAUUGAUCAGAAGAAUUGUUCAAUAUUUGAACUCAAUACUGGAACAAGAAGUUGAAAAAUCGUUGGCGCCAAGAAAAGAUGUUAACAUGACGCCAGUGGCUAAGAGUAUGAAUGAUGAAUUAGAGGAGGCCGCAAAGGAAUUGCAAAAGAAACAGAAAAAGGAGUUGCAGAAACUAAAAAAUGAAAAUCUCGCUCAGUUUGCUAUUAAAGGAUCAGAAGAUGAAUGGGAUAAAUUAUUAUCCACCAAAUCUAAGAAGAAUAUCAUUUCUAUUAAGAGCGGUGAAAAACGCAUGUUUGAAAACAAUAUGUCCAUGAGCGAAAUAGACGAAGCUCCUAGUAAGAAAAAGAAGAUGAGAAAGAAACGACACAGUAAUGUAUCGUGAUGAUGCAAUCAUGGUUAUAUUUUGUACAAUAGUUUUACGAAUAAAUGACCGUUUUGUUUAAA